UAUGAAAACACAAGUUUUACUAAAAGACAGACCUUUUAUAAUUCAAGUUGUUCAAGGAAAUAAAUAUAAUAAUUUGUUACCAAGAUUUUUAUAUGAAUCUUUAUUAGAGUCUAAUAAUGAAGUUAAAAAUGACUCUAUAGCUGCUAUUUCAAAACUUUAUAAAAAAAUAUUUCAAACAGAAACACAUUUUUCUGGAGUAUCAAUGAUAGGUAUGGAUGACAAUAAUAUUUUAGAUGAACUUGUAUCAGAUUUAUCUUUUCAACUUUUUAUGAUAAAUUUACAGAAAAUUAGUAUAGUGAUACAUUCGAUUGGUAUAUUAACAAAACAAGGAGCUGAAUAUGGAUUUGCUUUAUCUUUUAUCUAUUCCAAGUCCAAUGAAUGUAUUUUGAUUUUUCAAACUGUAAAUAAGGAUAGAUACUCUAUUUGUAUUUACAAACAAAACCAAAUUUCUGAAGAAUAUCGUGGAUUAGAUCCUAAUAGUUUUUUCUUACUCAAUUCACAAUGCAAAAAUUUUAUGAGUAAUAAAGAAAAUGCGAAUUUAAGCUCUUACAAAGUUGAUACUAAAACAGGAUUGCCACUAAAAUAUCUUAGUAAUCAAAAAGAAGAUUUAGAAGAACUUUGUAGUACCUGUAGUACUUAUAGAUAUGAUAUAUUUGAAGAUUUGGCGAAUAUAAUUGUACAAAAUAUUGAAAAUCAGGAGCUUCAGACACAUUUGCUUAAAAAAUUUCUUAAGCGUGAUUAUCUGAAAUAUUUAUAUAUAACUUGUUAUGGAACAGUAUCACAUGACUCUUGUAUCAAUUAUUGCCUACUAUUUGCAUUUGGUAAUUGUAAUAAGGAAUAUAUACUUAAAUAUGAUAAAUGUAAUAAAAUAUUCAAUUUAUUUGAAGAAUUGCAAUUAUUGCUUAGAGAUGAACAACAAGAGAUAUUGAAAGAACUUCAGGAAAUGCUAGAAUAUUAUCUUGCACAUUUAACUAGAAAAAGAUAUUUGAACAGUUAA